GUGAGCUAAUUCAAUGGAAAAGUAAUUAUUAUUAUUAUAUUACUGCGUAAUUUGAUUUAACCGUUUUCUAAAUUAUUGACGUGAUGGAAUGGAAUUAAAGGAGUCGAUUAUUCGGUGUAUGCUAGUUGUGUGCUUGUUUGAAUGGCAUUUAGUCUCUGGUUUUAUCCAAACUGCAAUGUCCACUUCGAUGUUUUCACCGUGUUUUUAGAAAAUAUAAUUUUGUAAAAUAACCAAAUGUUCAACCUACUCUUUGCAUGCAUUGGCAAACUAUAGCCUGUAUUCCUCUCUUGCCAGACUUUGACAGGGAUGAAGGAUGCCGCGGCGGAGCUACUGGGUCACAGGGAGGCUCUAAAGUGCAGACUAGGCGGUGGAGUGGGAUCUGACCCCGGCCACUCCGGCGAGCUAGCCCCGGGGCCAGACACCGUGGAGGGGGCUACCAUGCUCCCUGGAGACGAUAUCAACAACGGAGGAUCCAACCCUUCCGGCAUGCAGGUCAACAGUAAAGAGCAACAGGACAAGCAACAGCAGAAUAACUCCAGCCAAUCCGGAGGAAGUCAGAGUCAGAAACAGAAGCGCCACCGGACCCGGUUCACCCCGGCCCAACUUAACGAACUGGAGCGCAGCUUCGCCAAAACGCACUACCCAGACAUCUUCAUGAGGGAGGAACUGGCACUACGGAUCGGCCUAACGGAAUCUCGCGUGCAGGUAACGGAAUCUCGCGUGCAGGUUUGGUUCCAGAACCGACGUGCCAAGUGGAAGAAGCGCAAGAAGACCACCAACGUUUUUCGCAACCCGGGGACGCUGCUGCCCACCCACCACGGCCUGCACAGCCAGUUCAACUCUGCCGCUGCCGCCGCCGCGGCCAUGGGCGAUAGCCUAUGCUCCUUCCACGCCAACGACACACGAUGGGCUACGGCAGGGAUGCCAGGCGUCUCUCAGCUGCAGCUCCCUCCAGCCCUGGGUCGCCAGCACCAGCAUGCCAUGGCGCAGUCCCUGUCCCAGUGUAGCCUGUCCGGUCCGCCGCCCAACUCCAUGGGGCUAUCCAACAUGUCGUCGAACGGAUCCGGGCUCCAGUCUCACCUCUACCAGAACCCGUUCCCUGGGAUGGUCCCGGCCUCCUUGUCCGGUCCCACCAACGUGACGGGCUCGCCCCAGCUGUGUAGCUCCCCAGAAAAUGACGUCUGGAGAGGGACGAGCAUCGCCUCCCUGCGGCGCAAAGCGCUGGAGCACACAGUAUCCAUGAGUUUCACUUAGUACCAACCACGAAUCCAACGGCCACGUUUUACGCGUUUUUGUUUUUACUUCGUCUUCUUUUAUGAUUUUUUUGUUUUGUUGUUGAACCCAUCCAGCCAAAUACAGCUGGACAAGGAUGUGAACGUCUCCAAGCAAAACAAGCAACAGGAAAACAACAGCCCUAUUCCCCAGUUGUGUUGCCAAACUAAUACUGAAACCAAACCAUUUGAAGGUGGAUAAAUGGCUAAAUGUUUAUCUUAUUAAUUUAUGAUGUGCAUGUAUUGAUGACAACUUUAUUUAUUUUACAUUUAUAAAUGCCAUAUUUAUUUAUUUACUUACUUAUCAACGUAUUUAUUUAUUUAUACUUUUUUAAUAUAUAUAUAUAACACCUCGUUUUCGUUUCAUUCCUUUCUAACAAAAUAGUAGACCACUGAUAUUUGCCACUGGAGUUUCUAACAGUUUCCACAGGCCGAUGGUCGAGGGUAUAAAAACUGUAAAAAAAAUAAAUAAGAAAGCUCAUUUUUAUUGUCAUCUGCUGCACAGCAUGCGACCGAUCAUGAUGGGCCACGGGCAUGCGCCGUGCACGUGCAGAUAUCACACUUGGAAGUUUUCUUUUUUUGUGUGUAAAGCGUCAAAAGAUGAAUAAAACGGAAAAGAGGGAGACACGUGACCAUCUCAAAGGAAUCACGCAACAUGGAAACAAACUUGACUGCAUGUGCUGGCCAAGGCAAAUGUACGGAAACACCAUAAAUAAGACAAGAAAAUCGACUUGAAUAUAAUCUGUUAUAUAGGAUGUUUUGUGUAGAGGAAGCAUUCUUGACUUGUUCCCAUUUGGUCAGUUUGUGAUAUGUUCUAAUCUAAAUUAUUGUAUGUGCUUAUUAUCAAAUCUGAAUUUCUUAAAUGUUUGAUCUUAUACUGAACAAACCAUUUCGUUUCAUGGACAUGUUUAUAUCAAUUGACUGUAAAUGAACAAAUAAAAAUCAUUUUCAAUAUGUCA